AUGGAAUCCUCCAAAUCCCCAUCCCUCACGCUCUUUCGCGGGUUUCCAGAGACCGGAUGCUACACCUGGUCUCCUUUUGUCACCAAGUUGGAAGCCCGCUUGCGUUUCUCCGGGUUGCCAUAUUCCGUCGAGCAAGGCUCUGUGCGCCUUGCGCCUCGAGGGAAGAUCCCGUACGUGGCGCUUGCGGAGAGCCACAAUCCCUCGGGCGGCAGCACGCCCCAGAUCAUCGGCGACUCAACUCUGAUCACGAAAACACUGGUACGCAGCGGGUUGGUGGCGGACCUGGAUGCCGGCCUGCCGCCGACAGAGAAGCUCAAUGAUCUUGCGCUCAAGGCGCUGCUGGAGGACAAACUGUAUUUCUACCAGUCCUACGAAAAAUGGAUUCAGAACUUCUAUACCAUGCGCGGCAAGAUCCUGGCCGGACUGCCAUGGCCCAUGCAGGUCCUCGUGGGCCAUCUGAUUCACCGCAAAAAUACCCGCACCUUGCAAGGUCAAGGUACGCUGACCCUCUCGGACGACGAGAUUGCCACCUUCCGACACGAAAUCUGGGAGAGUAUCAAUGCCGCCGUCGUGGCCGCUCGGUCACGGAGUAGCGAUGGCAAUGGUCCAUUUUGGAUCUGGGCCGGCGAGACGCCCACCGAGGCUGACGCGGUGCUGUUCGGAUUCGUCACCUCCGGCCUAAUAUGCUAUGCGGCCCCGGAGACUCAACAGAUCAUCCGAAGCUUUCCAGCCGUAGUCGACUACGCGAGGAGAAUUCACGACCGGUACUUCCCCGAUUAUGUGUUGUGGGAAUAG